GACCCUAUUAAAAAGACAAAAAAGUCGCACUUUUCUUGGCUGCCUUUCUUUAGGAAUCUCCUCCCUCAUCAAAACAGCUUUAACCAAUUUCCCAGCAGGCAAAACUUCCAUGAAUCCCCCUUCCGAACCCUAACCCACCCCCAAUUUCAAUGAUGAUUCCCGCCACCGCCUUUACAUCCGCUUCAUCGUCGUCUUCCAAUUCAGCUGUUGUUCGAGUCGACAAAGCCACCAGCGACUUCUUGAACGGCCCUGAUUGGACUCUCAACAUCGAUAUCUGCGAUACUCUCAACGCUAACCCUUGGCUUGCGAAAGAUGUUGUCAAGGCUUUGAAGAAAAGAUUACAACACAAGAACCCUAACGUUCAGUUACUUUCGUUGACGCUUUUAGAGACGAUGGUAAAGAAUUGUGGUGAAAAUGUUCAUUUUCAAAUUGCCGAGCGCAAUCUACUCCCAGAGAUGAUUAAGAUCGUUAAGAAAAAGACGGACAUGCGUGUGAGGGAGAAAAUAUUGGUACUUUUAGACUCUUGGCAAGAAGCGUUUGGUGGCCGAGGAGGAAAAUAUCCUCAAUAUUACUUCGCUUAUGAUGAAUUACGGCAAUCUGGAGUACAAUUUCCUCAACGGUCACCUGAUGCAGCUCCGAUAUUUACACCUCCGGUUACUCAUCCAUCUUCAAGAUCCCCUCAAGCAAACUAUGGAAUGCCAAUUAAUUCUUCAACAAGGCUUGAUGAAGCCAUGGCUUCCGAGAUUGAAAAUUUAAGUGCGUCAACGAUCGAGUCUAUGAGGAAUGUUUCGGAUCUCUUAUCUGAGAUGUUGCAAGAAGUUGAUCCAAAUGACCGUGCGGCGGUAAAAGAUGAAGUCAUUGUUGAUGUUGUGGACCGGUGUCGAUCGAAUCAGAAGAAAUUGAUGCAAAUGUUAGCUUCCACAAGUGAUGAGGAACUUCUUGGACAGGGUAUUGAGUUAAAUGACCAGCUGCAAACUGUUCUUGCAAAGCAUGACGCUUUUGCUUCCGGUUCUCCAGUUCCUCUUCAAAUUACAAGCUCCGUUGCCCCACCUCCUCCUGAUAAUAAUAUGCCAAACUCUCAAAUUAAACCUCCUACUGAAGAAGAUGAAGAAAAAUUGAAAUCAAGUAUUGCGGCAGUCUCUUCCCCUGUGACUCCAGACUCAAAGAAGAAACCUCUAGAAGAAGACGAGGAAGAAGAAGAAGAAGAUGACUUUGCUCUGCUUGCUAGAAGGCACACGAAAGCACAAACAACUGUAUCUCCAAAUAGGGGUGUGGUAAAUGAAUCAACGGAUCCUUCAAUGAGUAUGGCUUUAACUGUAACCGAUCCACCUCCACCAGUGAACACAACAAGAGCUGAUGACAUGAUUGACUUUUUAAGCCUCACCUUAUCAUCUGUAACUACCACCUCUCCACCCUCCCAGCCACCACCAGCCGCCACGACCCCAACGCAAAACAUUGAGCAAUCACCACCAGUUCCAGCCGCCCCACAGACUUAUCCCUACCAAACUCAGCAACCCUCAAAUAGUUAUGUGGUUCCAUGGGCUCAGUCCGAACCACAACCACAGCCACAGCCCCAGCCUCAGCCGAUGGGCUAUAUUCCACCUCCAUGGGCUGCAACUCCUGGAUAUUACGCCAACAAUCCAUAUGCUUCUUACACGUAUGCUCCUCCUACAUAUAACAUUCCUCCACAGCAAGUAAACAACGUUCCUGCACAGCAAGUGAACUCGUAUUCGAAUAAUCUGAGGGCAGCAGGCAUGAAUGGAGAUGGUCGUGUGGGGUCGGGUCAAAGUCAACCGUUUAUUCCUUCAUACAGAUUAUUUGAAGAUCUUAAUGUACUUGGAAAUCAGAAGACAAGUGGCACAUCUUCAGGGAGUUCUUCUGGCCAAAGUAUGAUGAGUGGGAAAAAAUGAAAUAAAAUAAUGGAUUUGUGAGUUUGGUACUUAUACAUACAGUGGUUGGUUUGUGUAUGUGUGUGCAUUCAUUUAGAUCAAUUUCUUGGAUUUAGAACAUAAACAAGGACCCGUUUUGUGUCACUUUUAUUAAGCUCUGAGUAUAUGGUUUCUGAAGUAAUCUUAUUAUU